AUGGCUCCGCCACUUACAGUACGAAAUUUGACGCCCAACGCCCUCUCAAUCCAGCGCGUUGAGCGGUUUGAAGACCCGAACACGCUACAGUCCAAAUCAAGCGGGUACUUCUUCAGCGCUCAAAGCGGUGCAUCCGCUGCACCGACUUCACCCGAGCUCGGCGGACAUGCACAAAGCUUCAAGGAUCAAGGUGUUGAUAUUGUGUUGCAGCCUUUUGAGUCGUAUACUCUAAAAUUCUCAAGCUCGAAGCAGUCCAGCAACACGCCUACACUAUCCAACCCAACCGUCCGCCUCACAAUCCGGACAUCUAAUGGUGAACGCCAUCGUAUCGAUACGCAUCCCUCCUAUACACAGAAAUCAACACAGUCCUUUACUCCACUAUCCGCAGACUCAGCAACAACCUACAAAGCACUCUUUCAUCCUUCGAAACCGGUUCCUCAUCUUUCGAUUCAUGUCAACCACCUUCCGAGCUAUAAUUCGUGGAUGGCAACCUUGCCAGACGAUCUACCUUUGUCGGCUAUAAGCAUUCCGGGAACACACAAUUCGCACACGCACUACCGGGCUCUCCCGUCUGUUCGUUGCCAGGUUCACGAUGUGAAGACACAGCUAGAGAACGGGGUCCGAUUCUUAGACAUACGUGUGCAGCCAACGCACGCUACCGACGCAUCAAAGAAAGAUCUCUACCUUGUACAUGGCGCAUUUCCCGUCAGUCUGACAGGGCCAAAGUACCUCGAACCGAUCCUUAAUAUAUGCUACAACUUUCUUCUAGAAAAUCCUAGCGAGACGGUACUGGUGAGUUUGAAGCGAGAAGGUGUAGGAAGCGCAACGGACGAACAUCUUGCCCGCAUCUUAGAAGAACAUUACAUCGCCCCCAACGCACUGCACUGGUAUACGGAGAACACGAUACCGUACUUGGGAGCCGUGAGGAGUAAGCUGGUCUUAGUGAGGCGGUACAAUGUAGCUCAAACUGUGGCUUCACAUUCGAGUCCAGAUUGUAGGAAUGGUGGACUGGAUGCAACGGCCUGGCCGCACAAUGCAACCCACGCAGUCUUCCCGUCGCAAUCUUCUGCACCAACGUUCUGUCUCCAAGACUUCUGCGAGGUCAUGGUACCCGAUAUCAUUCCUACAAAGGUACAGCAUUGCAACGAUCAUCUCGUACGCUCCGCUGCUGCCGUUCACCCCAUUCCCGGCAUAACGACAGAUGUCACAAAUCCAGUACCGCCAGGUCCCUUAUAUCUCAAUUUCCUCUCUGGGAGCAAUUUCUGGAAGAAAUCUUGUUGGCCGGGGGCUAUCUCUAAGAUUGUCAACAAGGGUAUGGAGGAGUGGCUGUGUGAGGGGCAUCAUUUAGAGGCACCAACCACGACGCCCCGCCACCCAGAGAUGACAGAUGAGAGGGAAGAGGAUUUGAACCCCAGCAUCCCGCAAUCACGCAAGCGCACAGUCAGGAUAGGUCCUCUACCCGAAGGUCCAGUGAAUGAAGCAACAAUACAGCGCGUGUUUGGGCGAAGAUUAUCGGCUCAUGAUGGCAACAACGUCCUGCGGAUAUUGCACCACCGGCGGACAGCAGGCUCGCUAGCCGACUAUGGCGUAGACAAUCUUGGGAAGCAAUAUACACACGUGAGCAGGGAAACUGCAUUGAAGGGGUUGGAGUGGUUGCGAGAGAGAUACCCAAUAGAUGAGGCGCGUGCAGCAGAAGAAUGGGCAGAAAAAGAGGCAAAUCGUAUAGCCUACGAGCUGUGGCUGGCCGACCCGGAAACAGAGUCCAAAUACAAGGAUCCCGCUCGUGCAUUUAAAGAGCAGAUGGAAAAGGAAGAGGCAGAGAGGCAACGCCAGGAAGCUGACGACCGGAAGAUUGGUAUACUCCACGCGGGCAAGAGUCAGUUCGAGCUUAAUAUCGAGGAGAAGAGGAGACAACGAUUGGAGGAGAUCACCCGGAUAGCAGAAGAGAAGGAGCAGAAAGAGAGGGAAAUGGAGGAGAAACUCGCGACUGGGGAGUACGUACGUACACCCACUGGCACGCAGCUCAUGAAGCCUGGCCAGACAACAUAUGUCGAUGUCUUUGGUCGCGAACAAGUCAGUCGGAGAAAAGAGGAAAUGGAAAAGUACAACAAGGCUGCUCAGGUAACGGAUGCGAAGACGCCAGAAGAAUUACUGGCAAAGACCACUCUUGCGCAACGCCUCUAUCCCAUGUCUGCUUUCGUCCUCCUCACAGUUCUACUCUGCUACGGCUUCGCACACUACUACCUCCCACCCUCCCCCUCGUACCGCCUCUUUCCAGACCUCAGCGCAACAACCGCAACAAUUGGCACGCUGCUUGCCAUUAAUGUCGUUGUAGCAAUAGCAUGGCGAAUUAUGCCCCUCUGGCCACUUCUAUCACGCUAUUUCAUGCACGUCCCCGGUUACCCCCGCGCCGUACAAAGCGUGCUGAACAUCUUCAGCCACAUCCAGUAUGAGCAUCUUCUCGCCAAUAUGAUGAUGUUGUGUCUAGUCGGGCCCGCAUGCUGCGAGCUAGUAGGUCGCGGAACCUUUGUGGGAACGUAUAUUUCCGCCGGCGCUGUUGGUACUUUGUUUUCGCUGUACUGGGCUAAUCUCGGUCGUGGAAAUAUUACCGCGCAUUCUGUUGGUGCUUCGGCUGCUAUUUGGGGAAUUGCGGCACUAUACUGUCUGCUCACUGACCAGGAGAGGGUCAAGAUUCCUUUCUUGAAGGAGGGUGAGGUGGCAUUUUGGCCCAAGAUGCUGUUUGCUGCUUUUGUUGUGUUUGAGAUCUUUUCGGCGUUGAAGAAGGGUAAUUCUACUAUGGAUCAUGCUAGUCAUUUUGGUGGCAUGUUUGUUGGUAUGGUUACAGCUGGGUACAUGCGGGCCAAUGGUUGGCAAGACAGGAAACCGUUUUUGGACAGAGAGGGUGGUGUUGUUGGGCAGGGUGUUCAGGAGAAGGCUGGUGUUGAUGGGAAGACGGUAGAUGUUGGUGCUAUGGCUAAGGAGGGGAUCAAGGAAGUCAAAGAGAGCUUGACGAAAGCUGGGAAGUGA